AUCAAACUUCAGAAGAAAAUUUUUAAGUAAUAAACACUUCGUGUGCCUGCUUACUUGUACAAUAUUUAAAAUUGUAGAUGACUAGCGUAAAAGUAAAUAAAGGGGAAUUGAAACUUUUUAAUCAGUUGAAGUGAAGGUAGUGGUCACGUCAGUUGAAAUUUAUUUUAGUAGUAAUUAACAAACGGAUGACCCAAUAAUAUACGUAUUUUGGGUAACAUAUACAUCUGGCCGGUUCGACAAUAUAGUACCUGUCUGAUAAGAAAAAUAUUUGAUUUAGCAAACUUUAAAAAACAAGAUAUACCAUCAUGACUACCUUGCUUCCUGGAAAUAUCGUCUAUGCCGGACCUAUUACUUGUACUGAAACUCAUGCAUACAAUUCUCUAGGACAUUAUAUUCUGGAGAAAUAUAAGAGUCAUGGUAGCCAAAUUGUAAUGAUUGACGCAGUAACCGGUCAAGAGUAUACUGCUAAAUAUAUGUAUGAUUCCGUUGUGCGCAUGGCUUAUGUAUUACAACAUUUAGGUAUCAAAGCAGGAGAUGUUGUAGGUUUAUCCAGCGAGAAUAAUGUACGUUUCGCUAUUACCAUGUACGCCUCAUUUGCCAUCAACGCUACGGUGGCUCCCCUAAACAUAACUUAUUCUGAACGCGAAGUUCAUCACGCAAUUAACUUGUCUAAGCCGAAAGUGAUAUUCGCUUCCAAGCUGACAGUAAAUGUUAUUGAAAAAGUAGCAAAAAAUAAUAGUUUCGUGAAAUCAAUUGUUGUACUUGACACUAAUAGUUCAAAUGACAAAAUUAUGAAUUUUGACGAUCUUAUGAAGAGUACAAAAAUUACAUCAAAAGACUAUUUUGAUACGACUCCAGCGAAUAAAAAAGAUGAUGUCGCACUGAUAGUUUGCUCCUCUGGCACCACCGGCUUGCCGAAAGGCGUGCAAUUAACACAAUACAACAUUCUUUCUACGCUGGAUUCGCAACUCGAACCAACAGCAAUUCCAAUGGGCGAGAUUACAUUACUCACAGUUAUACCUUGGUUUCACGCAUUUGGCUGCCUAACAUUAAUUACAACAACAGUUUUAGGAACCACCUUAGUGUAUUUACCUAAAUUUGAGGAACAUCUUUUCUUGGGAGCGAUUGAGAAAUAUCGCGUUUUGAUGGCAUUUAUGGUGCCGCCAUUAAUGGUGUUCUUGGCUAAACACCCACUUGUGGAUAAAUAUGAUUUGUCAUCAUUGAUGGUUUUGCUCUGCGGUGCAGCACCACUAAGCAAGGAGACUCAGGAUUUGAUUACAGAGAGGAUUGGCGUGCCCAUCAUCCGUCAAGGUUAUGGCUUAAGUGAGUCGACACUUAGCCUGUUGGUACAAAAUGAUGGGGCGUGCAAGCCGGGAAGUGUCGGCAGCAUUAAAUUGGGUAUUUACGGUAAAGUUAUUGACACGGAAACUGGUAGAGCUCUUGGUCCUAAUCAACGAGGCGAAUUGUGCUUCAAAGGCGAUUGUAUCAUGAAAGGUUACAUAGGGGAUACCAAAUCUACGCAAUCUAUGAUAAUUGACGGAUGGCUGCAUACCGGAGAUAUUGGUUAUUUUGAUGACGAUUUCGAAUUUUUCAUAGUGGAUCGAAUUAAGGAACUCAUUAAAUAUAAAGGUUUCCAAGUGCCUCCAGCAGAAAUUGAAGCUCUAUUGUUGACAAAUAAAAAAAUUAAAGAUGCGGCAGUCAUUGGAAAGCCGGACGAAGAGUCUGGAGAAUUACCGUUGGCAUUUGUUGUUAAACAACCGAAUACUGAGCUCAGCGAAGAUGAAGUUAUUAAAUUUGUAGCUGAGCACGCUUCGCCAGCGAAACGCUUGCGUGGUGGUGUAAUUUUCGUCAACGAUAUUCCAAAAAACCCGAGUGGUAAAAUUUUACGUCGCGAGUUAAGAGAAAUGCUGAAAAAUCGUCGAUCAAAAUUAUAAAAUUUCGGCUUUGUUUAUUGAUAUAUGUACGCAGAAAUACAAAAACUUGCAUUUAAUUAAUUUAUAAGAUUUAAGGUAUGGGGAAGCAGCCUUUUUGGAAGGGUUGAGAAAAGGAAACAAAUAUUUUCAACUAUGCAUAUGGUUAAUUCGUUUUUUGGUUAUGGGGUGAAGUUUAAUUGUAAAAUUCUAUACUAAAAACGAAUAGUUAUGUGAAAAUUUUAAUAUUUAUUAAAAAUAUAUAACAGGACAAAAAAGGAA